AUGUUAUGGAUUGCACCAUUAAUUCAUGGAGACUCAAGUGAUGAAGUAGGAUUCUUCACAGCUCAAAAACUUCACUUAAGGAAUGCCGGAACGUUUGGAAUUGAAGUUUUAAAGAAAUUCACUGGUCGAUGUAUUGAUUUGAUAAAUUUGUUGGCUUUCGAGACGGAAUUUAACGAAUUUAUCAGAAAAUGGAUGAAAGGUGAAAUAUGUCAAAAUUUGGAGACAGUCAACGCUCAACUUGUUCUUCAUAAUAACCUCAAUAUAACUGAUAUAGUGGAUAACUUGGAAACAGAACGAUUCGAUGCCACGAAGAGACCGGACAGUUUUAAGUUUGAUAUAGAAAUGCAUCACAUGUAUUACCCUCCGAUUGGUUUUUUCGGGAACGACUGUUACGAUGUUAUCAGGGAAAGUGAUGGAAAGAGAGCUUCAGUUCGUGCAUUUCAAAGGAAUCCAUUUCGAGGAGAGAAUCUUAAACCAUUUAUCAAAAUAGAGGAGAACUCGAAAGAGCGUGUGGAGAGGAAAUCUACCGAAUGGAGUAUUGGCGAGAAUUUCAAGUUCACUGCGAGGAUCAAAGCAAGAAAAUCAAAAUCUGAAAAAAAAAGCAUUUUAAUUCAAGUGGAGAAAUUAAAUACUAAUAUGACAAAAUCAUUACAAGAUCAUCUAAAUCUGUUAUUCCGACCUGCAGAGCCGAUUUCUCUACUAGUAAAUAUUAACACACUUUUCGAGCAAUUGCCAAUUUUGACCAAUGUGAAAGAUUGUCGUUUGACAGGAGAGGGAAUAUUGAAAUCAGAAGAUUUGGAUAGAUUCCUUACAAUGUAUCCGAAUCUGAACAGUUUAUCGAUUGAACCAGAAAUCACUGGAGAUUUGACGGAGAUGUCAGAAAUUCUCAAAGUCGGACGGGUUAAUUUGAAAAACUGUGGGGAUUUUGGAUUGAGUUUUCUGAAAAAGUUUCCUGGUAAACAUAUAAAUUUGGAAAAUUUAAACAUAACACACUUGGAUCUCCUUGAAAUAAUUAAAGGAUGGGUGGCAAAUGAGGCGUUUCAAAACUUGGAAUCCAUUGGAAUUGUAUUUCAUCGUGAUUGUGAAACCAGAAUUGAUUUAUUAGUAGAAUCAUUGGAAACAGAGAGAUUCGAUCAAGGAAUAUGGCCACCGGUCUAUCGUCUUGACACAAAAAUAAUCGAUCUUUAUGCCAAAGAGAUAACUCUGGAAUAUCCCGAAUGCUACAAUGUAGUGAGAAGAAGUGAUGGAAAGAGAGCAUCUAUUAACUUCCCGUGA